AUGUCGGGGAAUAACAAUAAUAAUAAUGAUAACCCAGUCUCUUCACCACCACCUUCUCUACUUCAUGAUAACAAUACAAAUUAUCAAGAAAAUUCAAUUUUAUCAAGUGAACCAUCACAUUUCCCAUCUUCUUCUCAGAAUAUAGGAAUAAACACUGCACUUGGAUCUGGUGAUAAUGGUACACCAUUGUCUUCACAGGGACUUAAUUAUUCAAAUAAUAACCAACAAUAUUAUGAUUUUAGAAGCACUAAUAGCGAUGGUAUUUCUUCCACGAACAAUAACAAUGGAAGUGGAAGCAGUGGAAAUAAUAACAACAUUAAUAACAGGGGUGGCACGAAUAGUGGUGAAGACGAAGAAAGCUAUCCACUAGAAGGUACACGUCGUAGAACCACCGAUGCAAUCAGAAAAGUUGUUGAUGUUACAGCAGAAAAGGUUGGUGAGUCAUUUGAAAAUUUUUUAAGUAAUUUUAAUAUUGAUGGCGAUAAGCCUUACCUGGAUCAGAUUAGAUUUAUGAAGGCUUAUAAUUCAAGUACUAUUCAUAUUGAUUACACACAUUUGAUGACUAUUGAAAAUGGUGCUUUGGCUUUAGCUAUCUUGGAGCAAUAUUAUAGAUUUCUGCCCUUUUUACUGAGAAGUUUAAAAAGAGUUGUCAGGAGGAUAGCACCUGAUUUUCUAACUCUUAACAACAAUAAUGUGAGCAACAAUAUCCACGGUACAGAUGAAAAUGACAGUGCCUUGGUAAGAGGGUCUAAUUCUUCGACGAAUGGUUCUUCUGACCUAGCUGAAGGCAAUGGAGAGCGUGUUUUCCAGAUCAGUUUUCUUAACUUACCGGCUACCUAUAGAAUCAGAGACAUACGUGCCGAUAAAAUAGGUUCUUUAAUGAGUAUUGUUGGUACGGUUACAAGAACGAGUGAAGUUAGGCCUGAAUUGUAUAAAGCCAGCUUUACGUGUGAAUUUUGCCAUGCAAUUAUUGAUAAUGUGGAACAAAAUUUCAAAUACACUGAACCCUCAUUUUGCCAAAACCCGACUUGUGAAAAUCAAAGUUUUUGGAAAUUAAAUGUUAACAGAAGCAACUUUAUCGAUUGGCAAAAAGUUAGGAUUCAAGAAAAUGCUAAUGAAAUCCCAAGUGGCAGUAUGCCACGUUCCAUUGAUGUUAUCUUAAGGGGAGAUUGUGUAGAAAGGGCAAAACCAGGCGAUAAAUGUAAAUUUACCGGUACUGAGAUAGUUGUACCUGAUGUGAGCCAGUUAAAUUUGCCGGGAGUGAAACCACUGGGAUCUAGAUCCCGUGAUGGUAUGAGUACCAGUAGCGAGGGUUUAAAUAGUGGUGUUGGUGGGUUAAAGAUUCUUGGUGUGAGAGAUUUAACUUAUAAAUUGACUUUUUUAGCGUCUCAUGUUUUAUCUCUAGGUAUGGCCAACACCUCAGCAAAUGGCGAGGAUAAUGGAGGCGAUGAAGAUUUACAACAAUUUUUAAAUGCUAUCAAUUACGGCGACGCUGUUGGCGGUGAUAGUAAUAGUGAAACUAAGGAGCAAGAGUUGUAUCUAAGCAGUUUAUCUCCAGAGGAGAUCAAUGAAUUGAAGGAGAUGGUGAAAAAUGAAAACAUUUAUUAUGAUUUAGUUAAAUCUAUUGCGCCGGCUGUUUUUGGACAUGAACCGGUGAAGAAGGGGAUUUUAUUACAAUUAUUAAGCGGUGUACAUAAAACUACUGUUGAAGGAAUUAAAUUAAGAGGCGAUAUCAAUAUUUGUAUUGUUGGUGACCCAUCGACUUCAAAAUCGCAGUUUUUAAAAUACGUUGUUGGGUUUGCACCUCGUGCCGUUUAUACCAGUGGUAAAGCUUCUUCUGCUGCAGGGUUGACUGCGGCAGUUGUUAGAGAUGAAGAAGCCGGUGAUUUUACGAUUGAAGCAGGCGCAUUGAUGUUAGCAGAUAAUGGGAUUUGUUGCAUUGACGAGUUUGAUAAGAUGGAUAUUAGCGACCAGGUUGCUAUUCACGAGGCCAUGGAACAACAAACCAUAUCAAUAGCUAAAGCUGGUAUCCAUGCCACUUUAAAUGCAAGGACUUCUAUUUUGGCGGCAGCCAAUCCUGUGGGGGGUCGCUACAAUAGAAAGUUAAGUUUGCGAGGCAAUUUAAACAUGACUGCACCCAUUAUGUCUAGGUUUGAUCUAUUUUUUGUAAUCUUAGACGACUGCAAUGAAAAAAUCGACACCGAAUUAGCUUCACACAUUGUGGACUUGCAUAUGAAGAGGGAUGCUGCAAUUAAUUCACCCUACUCUGCAAGCCAAGUUUCAAGAUAUAUCAAAUAUGCCCACACUUUUAAACCUAUUUUAAAUAAAGAGGCGAGAGAUUUUCUGGUUAAAAAGUAUAAAGAUUUGAGGCAGGAUGAUUCGUCAAACUUUGGUGGUAGAAGUAGUUACAGAAUAACCGUUAGACAGCUGGAGAGUAUGAUUAGAUUGAGUGAAGCCAUUGCAAGAGCCAAUUGUGUUGAAGAGAUUACGCCUGAAUUUGUUUCUGAAGCCUACGAUUUAUUAAGCCAAAGUAUUAUUCGUGUAGAUAUGGAAGAUGUUGAAGUAGAUGAGGAUGAUAAUAGCAGUGAUACUGAUGAUGAUGAUAACGACAGCAAUAAUAAUAACAAAAAGAGUACGCCAAGUGGCGACGAUGGGAGGGGCAGCAGCAGGCAACCAACAACAAUUACGUACGAUAAGUACGUUGAAAUGAUGAAUUUGAUUGUGCGUAAGAUUGCACACCAGAACAGUGUGAACGGACCUGAACUAACAGCAAACCAGAUUAUUGAUUGGUAUUUAAGUGUCAAAGAAGAUCAAAUAAACAGUGAGCGUGAAUAUUGGGAAGAACGUAAAUUGGCCUUUAAAGUUUUGAAGAGAUUGGUAAAAGACAGAAUUUUGAUGGCUAUAAGAGGUACCAAAGACAAUUUGGAUGAUGACUUUGGUAGCGGUGAUGCAACAAAUGAGGAUAGCAAUACGGGAAGCAAAAAAGAUAAAGUUGAUGAAACAAAAAUAGUUUACGUAAUUCAUCCUAAUUGUGCUAUUUUGGAAGAGAUUAGCUAG